UAUGGAUCGUUUGUCAGAGUAUGAGCUGCUCUCACAUUAGAGAGAGUGUGGGCCAGCCGUCGGCCCAACCUCAAAAAAGCUCAUUGUCAGAUAUGUUGUGGAAAACCAUGAUGUCACAUUAUGCAAAACACUGCUGGAAAACGCUGACAGCAAGACUUUAAACUGGUGUCAAGUCUUUAGCUGGUUUAGCUGAACUACUGGUGGGUUCAGUUUAACACACAGGAGUGAUGAAAGAUUGGCGACUCAGAUUCUUUUCUGGAGCUCAAAAUAACAAAACAGGAGUUUUGUCCAUUUUCUGAUGAAAAUUUCCCUUCAAGCAGCUUCAUGAAAUACUUGGAUUCUCCUCCAGAAAGAAUGAGCACAUUGACAGAAAAGAGAAGCAAUGGAAGUGAUGGGGAGACAAUGAGAGAUGCCAUAGAAGAAAGGAUUUUUGAUUUCUCACCAUCCUCAAUCAAGAAAACUGGCUUCAGAGCCAGACCUAAACUGGCUUCUGCUCAUGCCGUCCUUUCAUCCAAGCUUGAAGAUCCAGCAGAAAUGCAGACAAAUGCAGAUGAGGAAGCGGAGGAUAUGAAACCAGAACCUCUGAAGCGCAAUUGCAUGGAUCCUCUACAGAUACCUACAGGAGAAAAGACCAAGAACAAAGACAUAGAAGAGCAGAAAGUGAAAGAGAGUAUGACGGCAAGUGAUAAUCUUGUUGAAGAGGGUUCAAAAGUGGCAAUGAAUGCGGCAACAAAGAAAAGCCUGUGGAAAAGCAAGAUCGAACUGAGGGAAAGACUGGGAGGAAGUCUGGAGAGUAUCGAUGAGAGUAAUGAGGGAGAUUUUAGCAACAAACGACUGCACAGGAAGAAGAGUUGGGGUUCCAGACAGAGAAACACACAAACGCUUGGGUCAUCACGGGAUGGAGAACAUUUCUUGGAGAAAAGUAUGGCGAAAGAUGGGGAGGAAGAAUUAGUUCCACACCCUAUUCUCUCUCGGGUUCUCUUUCACUCCUCAGCUUCGUCCUCUUCUUCCUUCAACUCCUCAGCAGAAAGUGAUGAGGUUUUCAGUGAAAAUGAGGACACUGUUGCCAGGAGGCAGACCAUGAAGAAGUGUCGAUCUUGGAGAACGUUUUUGACCAUAAUGCAGUGGUCCAAAUGUACACAAAGCUCAUGGAUCCAGCUUGCAGGACACGAAGGUAACGUGAGGCUGAGUGAGGGCGGUGAGGUGCUGAAGAGGUUUUGUGAGGUGGAGGCCAUCUGUCUACAGGCCCUCAUGUCUGACGCUCUCUAUCAGUUUGUGCCUCAUUAUUUCGGGCCCAUCAGUCAGGAUGGAGAGCGAUACAUCCGACUAAAAGAUCUGCUUAGCGGGCUCAAAAAUCCUGUCAUCAUGGACUGCAAAAUGGGUGUCCGGACAUACCAAGAGGAAGAGAUCAUUAAGGCCAGGACCAAUGCCAGUGUACGCUCUGAUAUGUAUCAAAAGAUGAUGAAAAUAGAUCCGGAAGCUCCCACUGCAGAAGAACACGCACAGAAAGGUGUGACGAAGCUGCGUUACCUGCAGUGGAGGGAUGACAGCAGUUCCACCUCCUCACUGGGAUUCCGCAUAGAAGGCAUAGUGAUGGGGAACGGUAAAGUAUUAAGAGACUUUUACAAGACAUGCACAGAAGCUCAAAUAACAGAAACACUGUUAAACUUCACCAGGAGGCAGGUUCACAUUCUAGAGGCAUAUGAAUCCAGAUUACAGGCACUGAAUGAAGCCCUCAAGGAGUCAAGCUUUUUCAACAGACAUGAGAUCAUAGGCAGCUCUUUACUUUUUGUCCACGACUGCAGCAGCAAAGCAAACAUAUGGAUGAUCGAUUUUGGAAAGACCAUCCCAACCCCAGUGGAUGUCCAGCUAAGGCAUGAUGUUCCAUGGGUGGAGGGAAACAGGGAGGAUGGGUACCUCAUCGGACUGACCUCCCUCAUCACUUUGCUGGGUGAAGCCAUCAAGCAAGCAGGGCAGCAAAGCUGA